AUGAUGCUUGCUGUCCUCUUGGUGUCCACUGCGGUGGCAGCAGCAUCCUCCCAUCCCCACCCGCUCGACCCACUCUCUGCCGCAGAGCUCACGGCUGUCCGCGCAGCCGUGCUUGCCUCUCCGCUCGUCCCCGCCCGCCCGCUCUACUUCCACUACGUCGGCCUCGACGAGCCCGAGAAGCCGGAGGUCCUCUCCUACGCCUCCGGCGCCGGCGCCUCCGCCACGGCCCUCCUCCCGCGGCGCGCGCUCGUCAUCGCUCGAGCCGAUGGCCAGUCCCACGAGCUCCUCGUCGACGUCACCGACGCCUCCGCGCCGUCCGUCCUCUCGCACGCCGUCCACCGCGGCGCGGGCUUCCCGAUGAUGACGACGGAGGACCAGGUCGCGGCAAUGGCGCUGCCGCCCACGUACCCUCCCUUCGUGGACUCCGUGCGGCGACGCGGGCUCAACGUCAGCGACGUCGGCUGCGGGGUGAUCUCCAGGGGGUGGUUCGGCGCCGGCCAGCCGGCCUACGGCGGCGGCAGGGUGGCGAAGAUGCAGUGCUUCGUGACCGCCGGGUCGGCCAACUUCUACGCGCGGCCGCUGGAGGGCGUGACGCUGGUGGUGGACCUCGACCGGGUGGCCAUCGUCGGGUACCGGGACAGGGUGGUGGAGCCGGUGCCCAAGGCCGAGGGCACCGACUACCGGGCGGACAAGCUCGGGCCGCCGUUCACCGGGCCGGCCACGGCGCCCGGCGUCGUCGUGCAGCCGGAGGGCAGGGGAUUCCACAUUGAUGGCCGUGUUGUCAGAUGGGCCAACUGGGAGUUCCACGUUGGCUUCGACAUGCGCGCCGGCAUGGUCAUCUCGCUCGCCUCCAUCCAAGACGCCGAUGCCCCAGGGGGGCAGCUGCGCCGACGGGUGCUCUACCGUGGCUUCGUGUCGGAGGUGUUCGUGCCCUACAUGGACCCGGUGGAGGAGUGGUACUUCCACACCUUCAUUGACGCCGGCGACUACGGCCUGGGCGUCUCGGCGUCGCCGCUGCUUCGCGGCGCUGACUGCCCCGCGAACGCGGUCUACUUCGACGGGUACUAUGCCGACGCGGACGGCAAGCCCGUCGAGGCCAUGGACGUGGUAUGCCUGUUCGAGAGGUACGCCGGCGACGUAGCGUGGCGUCACACCAAGUUUGGGCCGCGUGGACGCAUGGAGACGGAGGUGAGACCAGACGUGACAUUGGUGGCGAGAACGGUGGUGACAGUGGGCAACUACGACUACACCUUGGAUUGGGAGUUCAAGACCAUGGGCUCCAUCAAGUGUGUGGUGUCACUCAGCGGCAUCCUUGAGAUGAAGGCGACGUCGUAUACACAGGUCCAGCAGAUCAAGUCAGACGCGCACGGCACGCUGAUGGCCGAGAACACGGUGGGCGUCUACCACGACCACUUCAUCACGUACCACCUGGACCUCGACGUGGACGGCACCGACAACUCGUUCGUCAAGAACACCAUGGUCCCCGAGCGCAAUACCGGGGACCCCGCCACGGGCGGCGCUGACACGCCAAGGAGGAGCUACUGGACGGUGCGCCGCGAGGUGGCCGCGACGGAGGCCGACGGCCAGGUGAACGUCAAUGGCCCACCGGCAGAUCUGCUGUUCGUCAACCCGAGCAAGAAAACCAAGGUCGGCAACGAGGUCGGGUACCGGCUCAUCCCGGCGGGGGCGACCGGCGCGUCGCUGCUGGCGGACGACGACUACCCGCAGCGCCGCGCCAGCUACACCAAGCGGCAGGUGUGGGUGACGCCCUACGAUAGGUCGGAGAAGUGGGCAACGGGGCUGUACGCGGAGCAGGGCACCGGAGAGGAUAGCUUGGGUGCCUGGAGCAAGAGGAACAGAGGCAUCAAGGACCGGGACAUCGUGCUGUGGUACACGGUGGGACUCCACCACAUCCCCUACCAGGAGGACUUCCCCGUGAUGCCCACGCUGAGCGGUGGCUUCCAGCUACGCCCGGCCAACUUCUUCGACAGCAAUCCGUUGAUUCGGACCAGGCCACCGGCUGAUCACAACUACCCAAACUGCUCCUGCGGCGUCGCGUCCAUGUGA